ACCAAAACCCUAAAAACCCUAAACUCUUAACAACAAACAACCGACGACACCUUAUUCAUUCUGCUUCUUCCUCUUCCUCUCCAAUGGCGAUCAAUGACAAGCAAACCUUCACCAUUAAACCAAAACUCAAACCCACCACCAAAAAAUCAUCAUCAACCCCAGAACAAAAGUACUGGAAAUCAUUCAAAUCCAAAGAACCGCAACCCCUAAUCUCCUCCAUAACUUCACUCGCAUUCUCCCCAACUUCUCCACACGAUUUCGCCGCCACCCACUCCGCCACCGUCACUAUCUUCUCCUCCCAAACCCUCCAACCCAAAUCCACCAUCUCCGCCUUCAAAGACACCGCCACCUCCGGCUGCUUCCGCUCCGACGGCCUCCUCCUUGCCGCCGGCUCUUUAUCCGGCCUCAUUCAGAUAUUCGAUGUCAAGAAACGCGCCCCUCUCCGGAAACUCUCCGGCCACACCCGUCCGGUACAUUUUGUUACGUAUCCGCGUGUAGAUAAGUUGCACUUGUUUUCGGGUGGGGAUGAUUCUGUUGUAAAGUAUUGGGAGGUUUGGUCGGGUACUCAUCGUAGUUUCACCGGGCAUAAGGAUUAUGUCCGGUGUGGCGAUGGAUCACCUGUUAAUGAUCACAUGUUUGUUUCGGGUUCGUAUGACCACACGGUUAAGUUUUGGGAUGUGAGGGAAUCGAGUAAUAGUUCAGCUUUGGUUUUGAGUGUGGAUCAUGGGGCUCCGGUUGAGGAUGUGGUAUACUUGCCGUCGGGUGGGUUGGUUGCGAGUGCGGGUGGGAAUUCGGUGAAGAUUUGGGAUGUGAUUGGGGGCGGGAAGUUGUUGCAUUCGAUGGAGUGUCAUAAUAAGACGGUGACGAAACUCUGUGUCGCGAAAAUUGGGGACGAUGGCCGUAAUGGGGAUUUUGGUAAUCAGUUUCGGAUUAUGAGUGUUUCGUUGGAUGGGUAUUUGAAAGUGUUUGAUUACUCGAGGUUGAAGGUUACCAGUUCCAUAAGGUACCCGAAAUCAUUGAUGUCGGUUGCGUUUUCGCCGGAUGGUUCUACUAGGGUUGUUGGUAGUUCGAACGGGGAUUUAUACGCAGGGAAGCGAAAAACGAGUGAAAAUGCGGAAUCGGUGAAAUCUGAGUGGGGGAAAUACGUUGGGUUUGGAGCGAUAGAUGAGCCCGAGAAGAGGGUGUUAAGGCCUUCGUAUUUUCGUUACUUUCAUCGUGGGCAAAGCGAGAAGCCUUCGAAAGGGGAUUACAUAAUCACAAGACCGAAAAAGGUGAAGCUAGCGGAACACGAUAAGCUAUUGAAGAAGUUUCAUCACAAAGAGGCUUUGGUGGCUGCAUUGACGGCGAAAAACCCCGAAAACGUAGUGGCGGUGAUGGAGGAAUUGGUGUCAAGAAAGAAGCUCUUGAAGUGCGUGUCGAAUUUGGGAACGGAUGAGCUCGGUUUGCUGUUGAGUUUCUUACAGAAGUACUCCACAAUGCCGCGAUAUGCAAAUGUGUUGAUUGUUUUAGCGAAGAAAGUUGUGGAAAACCGAGUUGAGGAUAUUAGUGGUUCGGAGGAAUUAAAAGGGUAUGUUCGGAAUCUUAAGAGGUCAGUCGCUGAGGAGAUAAGGAUUCAAGAAUCUUUGCAGGAAAUACAAGGUAUGAUCUCUCCUUUACUGAAGAUUGCGGGGAGAAGAUGAAUACUAGUAGUAAGGUGAUAUGAUUAUGUUUUUGUCAUUACAAGAUGUUAUUUCGGUUAUAAAGCGCCUUGCGAGAAGUUUAAAUUGUUGUUUUCUUUGUUUUUAGUUGUUGUAUGAAUAGUUUUUUGAGGGAUGGUGCAACUUCAAUUUAUGUUAUUUUUAUAUAUUCUAUUUUGUUCAA